AGCGUAAACAGAGCCGAAGAGAAGCUGAUCUAGCCGUUUCGUCUUUGUCCACCAGCUUGCGAUCCAGGCCGCACCAGUGUUUAUCCCGAAGACCGACCGCUAGAACACCCGACUCUCCUCCGCCAUGGCUUGGCUUCGUAACACCCUGAUCGGUGCCGGAGUGGUGUUCGUGUUCGUGGCACCACUGUACACCUACUUCCACUUCUUCCACCACCCUCCGCCGAAGGACGCGCUCGAAGCCAACCGGCAAGCCGCGAAAGCCUUCCGGGAGAAGGCCCAGCACGCCGAGCCGCCGGUCGACAUUGCGCAAGGCGAUCAACCCGCUGCCGACAGUUCCAGUAGCAGCAAGGAGGCUCUAGAUAUCAUAAACGACGUGCUAGGCGAAGACAAAGACUUCAGAAACCAAUUCUCCGAGGAGAAGUCCGAUUCCGACAGGGGUUCCAGCCGCCAAGACAAAAAGGAAGACCGUAAGAAGCCCCUCGGACUGGGUAAGAAGGAACACAAACACGAGAAACCUGCGGAACCGCGUGUCUUCUACACACAAAGCGACGGGACCAAGAUCAGCUUCGACCUGCCGGACGUUUCUGACAGAAGACAUCUUCAAGGCGCCAAGUACUGGGACGACUUCAUCGUCAAGAACGACUACGUGGAGAUCGGGGAAUACUGGGACGACUGCGAAAACCCCACCCGUGUGUUGGGGAAAGCGACGCUACAGGACAACGGGAACGGAGGCAUCAAAUCUGUCAUCUUCUUCAACACAUCUUGGGACUUCCCGCAGGUAGAAGGCCUGUCCUGUCUGCAGUGGGUGAAGUAUAACGGCGGAGACAUGUUCGACAACCAGUGGGAGGACGCCUGCGAGCUGGAGCAGGACCCAAGCGGACAGUGCCCGUACAAGGGCCUGGACUGCCCGGUGGAAAAAGCUGAGGUUGUCCAAAGAGAGAUCAGCAUUCCGUCGUACACGCCUAGCGGUACCUACACGCAGCGGUCCGCUCUCAAGGAUCAAGACGGAAAAGACAUCAUGUGCACCAUCUCACAGUUCACCUACUGAACACUAGAUAACUCUAACUCAGGGCAACCUAUAGGUAGCGUGGUAUCCAGACUUCUUAUGGCUGCCAAGUCUCUUCGUCUUCUCUGUACAUAGUGAACAGGACGAAAGAGACUCGGCAGCCAUAAUAGGCCUGGAUACCAGGUAACUUAUGGGAUAUCACAUCAGCUAACAUUGUAACGGUAUGAAGUAUUGAAGGGUCACUCAAGCCCUUGCUCAGACAGAGGUUGAAUUUCCCCAAAAUGGGCAUGGCUUUGUAACUGAAGUUUUUCCUGUGGAUGAGAAAAUAUGUCCGAUAUUGGACAGGAUUUUUUUUGCAGUUUCAAACACGGUAUCACAUUUGUGCAACUUUUAUACACUUUUUCAAUUUUUUUUUCAAUCUUAAAAGUUCAUAUCGACUAAAAAAUCAUGAUACAAAAGAAGUUGUCAAAGUGUGCUUAUUUCCUUUCUAUUUCAACGAACAU